AUGCUGCUGAAGCCCAAGGAGGAGGUGGGCGGCAGCCACGCCGACAACGAUGUACGAGGCUUCCGCAAGAACCGAGCUCAGGCUUCAAGCCCGUGGACAUGGCAGCCUCUUACGCUCAUUACGACCGCCGUGGCCUUAUUGUCGCUCCUUGUCAUUGUCCGAUCGUCGUUUCAACUGCAACAAGACCCUCAAGGAUGCGUCAUGUCUAUGAUGGCACCGACUUACAUCAAGCUCUCCGGCUUUGACACGGAACACUCCCGCUUCGCCACGAAAUACUCGCUUUAUCUGUACCGGGAAGAGGGGGUAGACGAGUACACAAAAGACAAUAUUGGCCUACGAGGGGCUCCCGUGCUGUUCAUCCCGGGAAAUGCGGGCAGCUACAAACAAGUGCGAUCUCUCUCAUCCGAGUCAUCCCGCCACUAUCACAACGUCUUGCGGCACGAUGCUGAGGCUGUCAAAGCCGGCGUAAGAUCUCUCGACUUCUUCACUAUCAAUUUCAACGAAGACCUGUCUGCUUUCCAUGGCCAAACACUGUUAGACCAAGCCGAAUAUGUCAACGAAGCUAUCGCCUACAUUCUGUCGCUUUACGUCGACGGUAACCGGCUACACCGCGACCCUCAGCUACCGGAUCCAAGCUCGGUCAUCCUCGUCGGACAUUCAAUGGGUGGAAUUGUUGCCCGAACAGUACUUGUAACACCGAAGUAUCAGGCCAACUCGGUCAAUACCAUAAUCACCAUGUCGACACCUCAUGCGCGACCUCCGGUCUCGUUUGACGCCGACGUCGUUUCCUUGUACGCGCAGGUGAAUGACUAUUGGCGGGAUUCGUAUCUGCAACGUUGGGCCAGCAACAGUCCCCUUUGGCACACAACCUUGAUAUCUAUCGCUGGAGGAGGUCGAGACACGACCGUUCCUUCAGACUACACAAAUAUUGCUUCGCUAGUGCCGGAGAGCCAUGGCUUCACGGUCUUCAGUUCCACCAUCCCUAAUGUCUGGACUUCGAUGGACCACUUGGCCAUAACUUGGGCAGAUCAAAUGCGAAAGGUCAUUAUCCGGUCUCUGUAUGACGUGGUUGAUGUUCGCCGUGCGGCACAGACGAAACCACGAGCUGAACGGAUGGAAAUUUUUAGAAAGUGGUUUUUGACGGGUCUGGAGGACAAUGCACCAAAGAAAAUACGCGACGCACCCCAUGAAGUACUCCUCACCUUGGGAGAUGGGUCGAGAUCGGCCGUGACCAAGGAGAACAACAUCACCCUCCGUCAGCUUGGGGCGCAGGAUGACAUGUCUGCGGUCCUACUACCAAUUCCUUCGGUGGACAACACUACCUCAAAAUUAUUCUCUUUUUUGACAGACCAGCACAUGGAUAGGCAAGGCAGCUUUGACAAAUUGGAAGUCUUGUUCUGCAGUGCAUUCCCCCUGGCAGGGGGUUUGACGUCCACACCCUUACCCAUUCAGUUUGAUCUUUCACCUGGAGAUCCCAGUGCAACACGACUCGCCUGCAAAAAACCGAUCGGAGACGCCAUACAGCUGCCUGCAUCCACAAGGCUGUCUCAGAAUGCCUUCGACCAAGUACCGCCGUUCACGUACUUGAAAUACGACUUGCGAGAUCUCCAAGAACAUCAGUUCGUGGCAAUAAUCGACAAGUCCACGGAGAUCAACAACGGUUGGGCUCAGGCAGAAAUAGUCUCGGCCGCUGAUUCCGUCGUUGCUUCUGAUGUGAGCUUGCCGAUGCUUCUGCUUCGAGGUCUAAACCGGGAACUUCCACCUAAUCGGCCGAUGGUGACAGAAAUUCGUGUGCCCUCUAUCAAAUCGAGCCUGCUAGCAUAUACUCUGCAAAUCCGGCAACAUGGCUGCACUGCCGAUACGGAGCUGUUCACUCCCCUGCUGAGGCAACAUAUCGACAGUCCCUUCGAGUCGAAAUAUUUUGUCAACUUUAAACAGGGCGACGUCAACCUCCACGGUGUAGCGCCAUUUCUGCCCCCCAGUAUUGAUGGCCGUGACAUGAAGGCUGGAGUCGCAUUCCAAAUCUGGUCCGAUCCGACCUGCGACUCGUCGUUGGAAAUUCGGCUUCGAGCAGACUUUACUGGCAGCUUGGGCAAGCUUGUGAUCCGAUAUCGCACUGUCUUUGCAGUGUUCCCCCUCCUGGUCGUUGCCAUGGUCCUGCGAAAGCAGUUCCGCGUGUACGAUAACUCUGGGGUGUUCAUGUCUUUCUCGGAAAGCCUCGACCAAAGUCUGCGACUCCCAUUGCCAGUUUUAAUGUUAUCAAUGACAUUUUUCGCCACCGCCUUUACGACCGCAGGCUCAGCGCACCUCGUACCACCGCAUUACUCGCAAAAGAACGGGACAGCUAUCGAUUUUGCGCAAAAUGACCUUCUCCUCGGAUCGCAGGACACCUUUUUCUGGUUCCUCGUUCCUUUGGCGGGCUUGCUCAGUGUUGGCGCUUGUGUGGUGUUGCAUUACGCCAUCCUGGGAUUCCUGCACGCGAUUGUAAUUGUAUCAAACCUGGUCUCCCAUCGAUACAUCAAGGUCGACGAUGGUGAGAAAGCCAUCGCUUCUGCCUUCGUGGCAAGCACACCUCGCCGACGAGUCAUCAACACGGCUGUCCUGUUGUUCCUGGUUGCGACCAUAAUCCCUUACCCGUUCGCCUACGUUGUGGCCUGCAUUGUACAGCUUUUCACCUGCGCGCGGGCGCUGCGGCAUGCAAAAGAUUCCCGAUCCGGACCGGCCUACAACUUCUUCAACUACACAUAUUCGAUACUCAUUUUAAUGCUAUGGGUGUUACCGAUUAAUUUACCCGUCCUCGUGGUGUGGGUUCAUAAUCUGGCGGUGCACUGGCUGACACCGUUUUCGUCACAUCACAACGUGUUGUCGAUAAUGCCCUUUAUUCUCUUGGUGGAGACGUUGUCGAGUGGCAUGAUGGUGCCAUCUGUGCGAUCAUUCAGAUGGGCGACGAACCUGUUGUUUUUCGUUCUGGCUGUAUAUGCGGCGUUGUACGGCAUGACAUACGCAUACAGGUUGCAUUACAUUGCAAACAUAAUUGCGCUCUGGUUGGUGUUGCUACAUUUUUCAGCAUACCAGAGACGGAUACACCCCUAG